AUGAGCAAGCAGGUGCCAAGCGGUAAACCGACGAUCACACAAGCCCACAACGAAAGCGCCACAUCCAUCAGUUUGCAGUGGGUUCCGCCGCCGAGCGAAACUCUUCACGGCGAAUUCACGGGAUACGAAAUUACAUACAGGGCCAGAACUGACUCGGAAUCUGAUGCUGUGAAGGUCACAAUUUCCGAAAGGAGCUAUCGGGACUACGUGAUCAAGGACUUGAGACCUUUCACCCAGUACGUCGUGUCAUUGGCAGUGAAGAACCCUGAGGGAAUUGGACCAAACUCUUCCCUGAUGCUGCUCUUCGUCUUAAUUGCAUCCCUGAACCGUGCCAAAGUGCCAAGCGGUAAACCGACGAUCACACAAGCCCACAACGAAAGCGCCACAUCCAUCAGUUUGCAGUGGGUUCCGCCGCCGAGCGAAACUCUUCACGGCGAAUUCACGGGAUACGAAAUUACAUACAGGUCCAGAACUGACUCAGAAUCUGAUGCUGUGAAGGUCACAAUUUCCGAAAGGAGCUAUCGGGACUACGUGAUCAAGGACUUGAGACCUUUCACCCAGUACGUCGUGUCAUUGGCAGUGAAGAACCCUGAGGGAAUUGGACCAGCGAGUACUGUAGUUGUCAUGACUGAUGAAGGAGUGCCGAGUGCUCCGAGGAACUUGACCGUGUCGCGGACAACGGACAAGUCGGCGGAACUGAGUUGGCUCCUGCCUCUGGAACCCAAUGGGGUUGUCACUGGUUUCCGGGUAUACUUCGUGACACCGGAAAACCUGACUGACUACCGAACUGUGCCACACACGAAGGGCGACACGCGGGUGUCCUAUCCCCUUGCAGCCUUGCGUCCGUUUACCGAGUAUGACGUGUGGGUGAAAGCAUUCACUUGGAAACAUGAAGGAGAGCCGUCGGAGCACGUGCACUUCACCACCGACGUCGGUGGCCCGGGGCCACCAAAGAUCCUGAACGUCACUUGUCAGCCUCCGAGGAGUCUCAUGAUGUAUUGGCAGCGCCCAGCCGUGAUUUUCGGAGGACUGGACUUCUACUACAUUUAUUAUAGAGACAAAGAGGUCAGCUGGGAGUUUGCGGAGGAAGUCCCUGUGGACACGAACCCGGACAAGAUGGUCCAGUCUAUGCUGCUGACGAACUUGACAGACGAUGUCGUGUACGAAGUGCGGGUGCGAGGCGCUGCAAUCAGCCUGUUCAACCGUGAGAAGUUCCACUUUGGGAACUGGUCCAAAACCGGCUACACCCUCGUCACUGAGGACUGCAAAUCCGCCUGGGACCUGAUGGCGACCCAGCUUCCGUCCUUGCACGACAGCCGCUCCGGCGCCUUUGACGUGGAACGCGUGCUCAAGAGGUUCUUGGAACUGGAACCCACCCUGCUGGCGGGGAUCGGGUCCAGCCUCGCCGCCCUUCUUCUGGUCACGCUGGCUUUCUUCCUCUGGAGACGAACAGUGAAGUCACACACGACGAGAUCCGAGGCUAAAAAUGGCCGGGUGCCGAUGGAGAUCGUGUCGAACAGCAAAUCCAAUGACGGAUCAGGUCUCACAGGAAACAACCACACGCCCAACAACGAUUUGUCAAUGACGGAACGACACAAGAACACUGGCAACGAGCAUCAGCUGGGCACGUUGGGACCAGUGCUUUCCAACGCGAUCGCAGCUGAUAAAUUCGCGGAACACGUGGCAGCCUUGCAUGCAAAUGGCGACGAAGGAUUUUACCGCGAAUUCCAAGAUUUACAAUCGUUUUCGGCUGAACUCGAACAUUCCGCGGAAAUGGCGAAAUUGCCCGACAACAAAGACAAAAACCGCUACCAGAACGUCGUUGCUUACGACCAUUCGCUGGUUCCGUUGAUGCAAUCGGCAAAGGUGCUGAACACGACAACCGGCAACAAAAGCAUCGGUGGGGAGUACAUCAAUGCGAAUUUGGUCGACGGAUGGAAGAAGCCCAACGCAUUCAUCGCUACUCAGGGCCCAUUGCAGAACACGCUUCCGAUAUUUUGGCAAAUGGUCUUGGAACACAAUGUUCGCACGAUCGUCAUGAUCACGAACCUCGUCGAGCAUGGCAAGAAUGUCUCUUUUGCCGAGCCUGGUUCGCACCCUCCGCAACCAAAUGCCGAAAUAGAAGUGAAACAGUGGCAUUUUACUGCCUGGCCUGACCAUGGAACUCCGCCACUUUCAGCUGCAUUAUUGCAAUUUGUCCAAGAGUCGCUUGCUGCCAAUCCACCAAACGCCGGUCCUAUUCUGGUUCAUUGCAGAAAUCCCGUAGAAUCGCGUUUAUAUUACCUUGCCCUUCAUCGGGGGAAAGACGUGGCAUCUGUCGGGAAGAUGCCGUACUGUUUUGUGAGAGGCGGCGUGGACACCUACGAUUGCUACGUGACCAGCUUAUCCAAAGAAGAAGCCCGAUCCUUGUUCGUCGAAUUUAAAUGCUCACAAAAGGAUAUCGAAGAUAAACACUGCAACAAAGCGGCCAUCAGACUGCCUGGGGGCACAGAAGCCAUUUCAUUCAAGCUCUGCCGCAGUAUCAAAAUCAUUGAGCCUGCAAACUUUGUCAUCAAUGUGCUGGAGCGAAAAUUCGGCUACCGGGUAGUGUCGGCAACGGGAGACGAUCCGACGGUUUGGACGAUGCACAGGCAGUCGACAUCGAAACUCGUGUCGCAAGUGUCGUCUGCGAAUCUCCUGCAGAUUAAAGAGAGGAUUUCCCCCUUAUCUUCUGGAUCGUUGCAGAAUUUAAGGGACCAUCAAGUGGCAACUUCACCUCCCAGUCAUCUCGGAUGA